AUGGAGGCGCAAUUGACCCAACUUCUGGCCUCAGCCAAGCAGGCCGUCCAGGCCUUCGAGGGCCCGCUUGCCGGAGACGUUGACGCCGCUCUGAGCUUCUCCCCGGACAACGCAUCCGCCCAGUCGGGUGCGCUGCGGGCCAAAAUCGAGGAGAGCAUCCAGACGCUCCACAGGCUCGAGCGGCUCAUCACGCCCCCACAGGUCCUCUUCAUGGACGCUAUUUUCGCCGCCACAAACACCAAAGUCCUCCUCUGCGCCCACCGCUACCACCUCGCCGACAUCCUCCACGAACAAGGGCCCCUCCCCAUCCCCACGCUCGCCGCGGCCGCCGGCCUGCAGCCCGCCGCCGCGCAGCAGCUCAUCCGCUACCUAAUCGACGAGCUCGGCUUCUUCGAAUACACCCCCACCCCCUCCUCCAGCUCCUCCUCCUCCACCCCGCAGCCAUCCGUCCGCAACAACCGCGCCUCCCACCUCCUCCGCACCACCCACUGGACCACCUGGCACAACUGGGUCGACCAGUACGCGACAACGCACUACUCGAUGCUAUCCUCCCUCCCCGACGCCAUCUCCGCCACCUCGACGCGCAGCGCCGCGCAGCACUUCUACGACACGGACGAGUCGACCUACGCCAUCAUGCACGCGCGCGGCCUGACCGCCGGCUUCCACAAAGCCAUCGGCGCCUUCAGCGUGGCUGAGGCGCCGGGCCUGCUCGCGGACUACCCGUGGGGCGAGGAGUUGCUGCAGGGGCAGGCGACGCUGACGGACGUCGGCGCCGGGCAGGGGGAUUUCGUGCGGGCGUAUGCGAACGCGUUUCCGAAAGCGAAGGUCGUGGCGUUUGAUUUGCCGGCGACGGCGGAGAUCAUUCGGGGGAGGUUUGAGGGGGAGGAAGGGUUCGGUGGGGGGAGGGUGCAGGUGUUGGGCGGGGACUUCUUCGCGGAGGAUAACCAGCUGCCGAAGUCUGAGGUGUACUUCUUGCGGCUGGUGUUCCACAAUUGGGACGACGAGAAGUGCGUGAAGAUCCUCGAGAAGGUGCGCGAGGCGAUGGUGCGGAGGCCCGGCGUGAGCAGGGUGUUGGUGGUGGAGAUGGUGAUUCGCGAGGGGAGGUUGGGCAGCUUUGCGAGGUAUGGCGAUAUCCGCAUGCUGACGAUGGUCAAGAAUAAGGAGCGCACGCUGGACGAGUACCGCGAGAUUGCAAGGAAGGGCGGGUUUGAGAUCGCCGAUGUCAUUACGCCGAGGGGAUGUCUCUCGCAGGUGUUGGAUCUGCGGCCUGUCAACUAA